AGAAGCUGUGCAGAGCUCACCACUCCUGCCCGGAGCACCAUCACCUCCAGCCCCAUCCUCUGCCAGACUCAGCAGCAAAAUGCAGUGGCUGCAUCUCCUCUGCCUCAGUCUCCUGGUCCUGGGAUGUAUCCUGGAUGUGCAUGGUGGGAACAACGUCCUUGACUGCUGCCUGCGGACCAGCGAGACGCCCAUCCCACGGCGGAUAGUGCAGGAUUACCGGCUCCAGCUGGUGCAGGAUGGCUGCAACAUCCCGGCUGCUGUGUUCAUAACCACAAAGGGCAAACGUCUCUGUGCCCCACUCCAAGCCCCAUGGGUGAUUCGCCUCCAAGAGAAGCUGGAUGCCAUUUCUCCCAGGAAGGCCAAACCCCAGGGCAAGUAAGCUUCGAAGAAGCCCAUGGCUGGCCCCAGCGCCUGGAGCGGGGCCGGAUCCCAGCUGUGAAUCUGAACCUAACGGAGCCAACCUGCUUCCACCCCCAGCCGCAAGGCUGACCCUCCUUGGGACUCGUGCUGGUGCAUGGGGCUGGCCAGAGCCCUGCCUGCUCUCUCUUCUUCCCUCUUUCUCUGGUGUGACCCACCAACCUGCAGCAGGCUGAGCCUGGGGCUGCUGGACCAAAGCCUCCACCUCCUUUGCAGCCUGGAAGCCAGUUGAUAGACUGUUCUGUGAGACAAGUUUGGGGGGGUAUUAGCCUUCCCUUGCAGCAGCUGUGACCUCCAUCACCAGUCUGAUCCCUUUGGUUUCCGUCGUCAGCCCCAAACCUUCUGCAGUCCUUCUGCAUCCUUGGGAAGGGCUGCCAGGACGGGACAGUGUGGGGAUGGAAGGGAGGGAUGGAGAUGUUCCUUGCUGGCCAUGCACUGUGCUGCUCCCUCACUGACCACAACCUAGAUGCCCCUGGGCAGAGCGUGGCUGAUGCGGUUCCUCUCUCAUGCCCUGACUUCCCUGCACCGUUUCCCCUCCUGCCUUCCCUUGCCUGGGUAGAAACAGAGCCAGUAAUGUGGUGGUGGCAGAGUGGGGCAGUGAUGUUGCACUCCUCAGGGACAUUGCCCCCUUUCUUGGUCCCACAGUCCUCCACCGCCUUCAAAGCCAGGGCUUUGGGAUGUAUGAGCAGUGAUCGCGCCACCCUCAGGUAUUUGCUGCUAGAUCUGUUUGAUGAAACAAUUACAUGUGUAAGAUGCUUCUUUUCUCUCUUUUUUACCGUGCUG